CGCUCUCGUUUGACAGAGACGGAGGCGCGCGUCACGAUUCGCUUAUUAGUAAAGCCAAGAAGAAGAAAAGAUGGACAUCACGGACCAAGGAGCGCAAAUGGAGCCGCUUUUGCCCACGGAACAAAGUCCCCAAGAAAGCAAAGAUGUGAGGACCGAUGAAGAGGCGGUGCUGGACCGUGGGGGCACUCGCUCCAUGCUCAACACCAACUUUGAGAAGGAGGAACUCGAAGGUCACCGCACCUUGUACAUCGGAGUACACGUCCCCCUGGGCAGGAGGUCGCACCGACGCCACCGCCACCACGGCCACAGACACCGGAAACGGUCCAAGGAGAGGGACUCCUCAGCUGACGAUGGGCGAGAAUCCCCUUCCCACACAGACACGCCAGCUCAGAGAGUGCAGUUUCUGCUGGGGACGGAAGACGGCGACGAGGAGCACAUCCCCCACGCCCUGUUCACCGAGCUGGACGAAAUCUGCCUCAGGGAGGGCGAGGACGCCGAGUGGAGGGAGACGGCCAGGUGGCUGAAGUUCGAGGAGGACGUUGAAGACGGCGGCGAGCGAUGGAGCAAACCCUACGUCGCCACUCUGUCUCUGCACAGCCUGUUUGAGCUCCGCAGCUGCAUCAUGAACGGCACGGUGAUGCUGGACAUGAGGGCCAACUCACUGGAGGAGAUAGCAGACAUGGUCCUGGACCAGCACGAGGCGUCCGGCCCCGUGGGCCAGGACGCCCGCAGGAGGAUCCGCGAGGCCCUGCUCAAACAGCACCACCACCAGAACCACAAGAAACUGGCCAACCGCAUCCCGAUCGUCCGCUCCUUCGCCGACAUCGGCAAGAAGCAGUCCGAGCCUCACUCCAUGGACAAGAAUGGCCAAACGGUCUCACCUCAGUCUCAGCCGGCCAACAACGAGGGCAAACAAGACGUCAGCCGAGAAAACAGCGCCGUGGACUUCAGCAAGAUUGACCUCCACUUCAUGAAGAAGAUCCCUCCCGGCGCGGAGGCUUCUAACGUUCUGGUCGGGGAGCUCGAGUUCCUUGAGCGUCCCGUGGUGGCCUUCGUCCGUCUGGCUCCCGCCGUGCUGCUCAACGGCCUGGCUGAAGUUCCCAUCACCACCAGGUUUCUCUUCAUCUUGCUCGGACCUCUGGGAAAAGGUCCACAGUAUCAUGAAAUCGGACGGUCCAUUGCUACGCUGAUGACCGACGAGGUUUUCCAUGAUGUCGCCUACAAGGCCAAAGACAGGAACGACCUCGUGGCGGGCAUUGACGAGUUCCUCGACCAGGUGACGGUGUUGCCCCCCGGAGAGUGGGACCCCUCCAUCAGAAUAGAACCUCCGAAAAACGUGCCCUCUCAGGAAAAGCGGAAAAUUCCCCCCGUUCCCAACGGAGUGGCAGAUCUGGGAGAGUCCGGGGAGCACGGAGGGCACGGCGGCCCCGAGCUGCAGCGCACGGGGAAGUUGUUCGGCGGGUUGGUCCUGGACAUCAAGCGAAAGGCUCCACACUACCUGUCCGACUACACGGACGCCAUCAGCCUGCAGUGUCUGGCCUCCUUCCUCUUCCUCUACUGCGCCUGCAUGUCGCCCGUCAUCACCUUCGGAGGACUCCUGGGCGAAGCCACGGAGGGCCGCGUGAGCGCGAUCGAGUCCCUGUUCGGGGCGUCCAUGACGGGGAUCGCCUACUCUCUGUUCGCCGGUCAGCCGCUCACCAUCCUGGGCAGCACGGGCCCCGUGCUCGUCUUCGAGAAGAUCCUCUUCAAGUUCUGCAAGGAAUACGGCCUCUCCUACCUCUCCCUGAGGGCCUGCAUCGGCCUGUGGACGGCCUUCUUCUGUCUGCUGCUGGUGGCCACAGAUGCCAGCUCGCUGGUCUGUUACAUAACGCGCUUCACCGAGGAGGCGUUCGCCGCGCUCAUCUGCAUCAUCUUCAUCUACGAGGCCCUGGAGAAGCUGAUCCACCUGGGGGUGCACUACCCCAUCAACAAGAACAACAACCUGCAGAAACUCACGCUGUACUCAUGUGCGUGCGUGGAGCCGAGGCACCCCAGCAAUGAAACCAUACGCUUCUGGGAAGAAAGAAACAUCACGGCCUCAGAGGUCAACUGGACCAUGCUGGAGGUCAAGGAGUGCGAGAUGUUGCACGGCGAGUUCGAGGGCAGCGCCUGCGGCCCCCACGGCCCCUACAUCCCCGACGUCCUCUUCUGGUGCGUGGUGCUCUUCUUCUCCACCGUCUUCAUGUCCGCCUUCCUCAAGGAGUUCAAGACCAGCCGAUACUUCCCCACAAAGGUGCGAGCCAUCAUCAGCGAUUUUGCGGUCUUCAUCACCAUCCUCUUCAUGGUGCUGAUAGAUUACGCCUUGGGGAUCCCCUCCCCUAAGUUACAAGUCCCCAACAAGUUCAAACCGACCAGGGACGACCGCGGCUGGGUCAUAAACCCCGUGGGGCCCAACCCGUGGUGGACCACCAUCAUCACCUUCAUUCCCGCCCUGCUCUGCACCAUCCUGAUCUUCAUGGACCAGCAGAUCACGGCCGUCAUCAUCAACAGGAAGGAGCACAAGCUGAAGAAAGGCUGCGGCUACCACCUGGACCUGUUCGUGGUGGGGGUGAUGCUGGGCGUGUGCUCGGUGAUGGGCCUGCCGUGGUUCGUGGCCGCCACCGUGCUCUCCAUCUCCCACGUCAACAGCCUGAAGCUGGAGUCGGAGUGCUCGGCGCCCGGCGAGCAGCCCAAGUUCCUGGGCAUCCGGGAGCAGCGCUUCACGGGCCUCAUGAUCUUCACGCUGAUGGGCUGCUCCGUCUUCAUGACGUCCAUGCUCAAGUUCAUUCCCAUGCCGGUGCUGUACGGAGUCUUUCUCUACAUGGGCGCCUCGUCACUCCGAGGCAUCCAGUUCUUCGAUCGCCUGAGGCUCUUCGGCAUGCCGGCCAAACACCAGCCGGACUUCAUCUACCUGCGCCACGUCCCCCUGAGGAAGGUGCACCUCUUCACCAUCAUCCAGCUCAGCUGCUUGGCUCUGCUCUGGAUCAUCAAGACCUCCAAAGCCGCCAUUGUUUUCCCCAUGAUGGUCUUGGCUCUGGUCUUCAUCCGGAAGUUGCUGGACUUCAUCUUCAGCAAGAGGGAGCUGAGCUGGCUGGACGACCUGAUGCCGGAGUGGAAGAAGAAGAAGCUGGAGGACGCCGCACAGGAGGAGGAGCACAGUAUCAUUGCAGAGGAGGAGGGUAUUGUGCAAGUCCCGCUGGAGGGACACUUCAAGGGUGAUCCAUCCACAGUCAACAUCACCGACGAGAUGUCCAAAGGAUCGUUCGGCAACGUGUGGAAGAGCGUCAACCCUGCUGAGAGCGCGAAGAAGGAAGCCAGCGCUAAAAGCGUUCCCAGAGGCGGCGAGAAGCGACACAAGCGGCGGAGGCAUAACAAGAGCUUGGACCGGGAGACGAGUUUGUGAUGACACAUACUGGCGGCGCCACCGUGCUGUCAGUCAGUAAAUCAAAAAGAAAUGAUAAAAAACACA